GUACGGUUCCGGGUCGUGGCGCGGCUCUGGGUAACAGGGCUGCUGUUGCCGGUCGGCGGCGGCGGGGAGCGGCGGGGUCAUGAGGGUGAGCCCGGGGCGCCAGGGCCGAACCGGCCGGUAGGAUUGCCAGUCCCCGAGGACUUCGUGGACGGACGCUGGGUUCGGUGCAGGGACCGGGAGGCUGAGGGAGUCGGGACCUCCCUCAGGGACGUGUCCUGGGUGAGGCGGCCUGUAGUGUGGAAGCAGCUUCAGGUAAAGGGUGCCCCAGCCGUCGCCCCCUCGCCCGCGGGACCCUCCGACCCCUCAGCACCCCGCUGCCCUCGCUGCUCAGCGGUGCCGGUUGGGGCUUUGCGUGGUGGCCUGGGAGCAUCCGUUUCCUGGCCCUUCCUGAGCCUGACAGCUGGGUGUGUGACUUAGGUAGGUGAGCCUGUGAAACAGUAUGAAGAGGAGAAAAUAGCCUUUUAAAGAGACUGGCCCACAGAAAGGAUGGCCUUCUUGGACAAUCCAACUAUCAUUCUAGCUCAUAUUCGACAGUCACACGUGACCAGUGAUGACACGGGAAUGUGUGAGAUGGUUCUCAUUGAUCAUGACGUUGACCUAGAGAAGACUCAUCCUCCGUCAGUGCCUGGAGACAGUGGGUCAGAAGUUCAGGGAAGCAGUGGUGAGACGCAGGGCUACAUAUACGCCCAGUCUGUUGAUAUUACCUCGAGCUGGGACUUUGGUAUUAGAAGACGCUCAAACACAGCUCAAAGAUUAGAACGACUCCGCAAAGAGAGACAAAACCAGAUCAAAUGCAAAAAUAUUCAGUGGAAAGAAAGAAAUUCUAAACAAUCAGCCCAGGAGUUAAAGUCACUGUUUGAAAAAAAAUCCCUCAAAGAGAAGCCUCCAAGAUCAGGCAAGCAGUCCAUAUUGUCUGUACGCCUGGAGCAGUGCCCUCUGCAGCUGAAUAACCCCUUUAAUGAGUACUCCAAGUUUGAUGGCAAGGGUCAUGUGGGUACAACUGCAACAAAGAAGAUCGACGUCUACCUCCCCCUGCACUCCAGCCAGGACAGACUGCUGCCAAUGACUGUGGUGACCAUGGCCAGCGCCAGGGUGCAGGACCUCAUCGGGCUCAUCUGUUGGCAGUACACGAGUGAAGGACGGGAGCCAAAGCUCAAUGACAACGUCAGUGCCUACUGCCUGCAUAUUGCUGAGGAUGAUGGGGAGGUCGACACAGAUUUCCCGCCACUGGAUUCCAAUGAGCCUAUUCAUAAGUUUGGCUUCAGUACUUUGGCCCUGGUUGAAAAGUACUCCUCUCCUGGUCUGACUUCCAAGGAGUCGCUCUUUGUUCGAAUAAAUGCUGCUCAUGGAUUCUCCCUCAUCCAGGUGGACAACACGAAGGUCACCAUGAAGGAGAUCUUGCUCAAGGCAGUGAGAAGAAGAAAAGGAUCCCAGAAAAUUUCAGGCCCUCAGUACCGUCUGGAGAAGCAGAGUGAGCCUAACAUCGCCGUGGACCUGGAGAGCACGCUGGAGAGCCAGAACGCCUGGGAGUUCUGCCUGGUUCGCGAGAACAGUUCAAGGGCAGACGGAGUUUUUGAGGAGGAUUCACAAAUUGACAUCGCUACAGUACAGGACAUGCUUAGCAGCCACCAUUACAAGUCAUUCAAAGUCAGCAUGAUCCACAGACUGCGGUUCACAACUGAUGUGCAGCUAGGUAUCUCUGGAGACAAAGUAGAAAUAGACCCUGUUACGAAUCAGAAAGCCAGCACUAAGUUUUGGAUUAAGCAGAAGCCCAUCUCAAUCGACUGUGACCUGCUCUGUGCCUGUGACCUUGCCGAGGAGAAGAGCCCCAGUCACGCGGUAUUUAAGCUCACGUAUCUAAGCAGUCAUGACUAUAAGCACCUCUACUUCGAGUCCGACGCAGCCACAGUCAGUGAAAUCGUGCUUAAGGUUAACUACAUCCUGGAGUCACGAGCAAGCACCGCCCGCGCUGACUAUUUUGCUCAAAAACAAAGAAAACUGAACAGGCGUACAAGCUUCAGCUUCCAGAAGGAGAAGAAAUCAGGGCAGCAGUGACACUGCCUCCCGUGACACUGCCUCCGGUGUGCCACGGCCCAGACUGCCUGCCAGGCCAGGUGGCCCAGGGUCCCUGGCACCCUGUAGUGCCUGUAGAGACCUGCAGCACAGGCUUCUGGGCUCUCGUGGAAGGUUUAGGGUGGGGCGCCAUUGGACUGAAACUUGGCAGUGGUUCUAAGUAGCAAUGCCCAGGAGGCCGACCACCUCCUGGAGAGGCCGGGUGCUGCUCAGCCGUGGGCACUGCCCGGCAGUCCCGCCACAGGUGUACACAGCCAUGCCAGACAGCUCCUUGCACCUUGAUCAAAUUUCUUAAAGCAAACAAAGAACAAAAGUGUACAUUUCUCUCUUGUUUUCCUUUUAAUAAACAGGUGUACUCUUUA